UCGCAAAUUUCCGACCGUGUGUAGGCCGGUAUAACUCUUCUCUCCCGCUCUUCUGAAACAUUCUGCACUGCUGGAGAACUCUACUCCUUCCUCUAUCCAACUCUCUUGUCCUGAAAUAUGUAAUUUAUCGGCCCCUUCCUUUACUGAAUAGACACAGUAAAUGAUUGGCGCUUAAUUUCCUUGAAACACACAACAGACAUAGUUCUAAGGAGCAGAAAAGGUCAAGCAGAUAAGACAAAGAAGCAAAUUGAAACCUCAUGAAAUAAUUAAUAUGUAUCUGAAUGACACAAAGUAUGCAGUAUUUAUAUUUAUUAAACUGUAUUGUAACUGUUGUGUUUCUUUUUAUUUUGUAAAGUUUGAACAAACUGUUUGCUCUAUAUAAAUUCUGAGAAAUAAUUAAUAAUAGUAACAUAUUUUAGUUUUCUAGGUUUCCGCCACUCACCAGAACAGAAGAUUCAUUCCUUUAUCACGAGUCAUAUUACUUGUAAUUGACUAAUUCCUCCAAAGGAAAAUGAAACAAUAGUGGGUGUCUCCAUAUUUAUCACAGGCUGAAAUUGUCUUCUCUUCCCGCGUGCCACGUGCCAACCCAUUGUUUGUAAAUAUCUACUUGUAGUAGAUGUAAUAUAGAGUAGAUCAACCAUCUAUCCCUUGGGGCUCUGGAACCUGUCCAUCCAGAUUCCCAGAAUAAGAGGCCAGUCCGGGAUCUUUGCUGGGUCAGUGUGUCAGCAGAUCCUUCAGCAAAGGUACCGAGACAGAGAAGCCUAAAGCAGACAGAGCUCCCGUUUUCUCUAUAGACAGCUGGCUUCAUCCUCAUCCAACUCUACACCAUAGAGAGCUGACUCCAUCCUCAUCCAACUUUACACCAUAGAGAGCUGACUCCAUCCUCAUCCAACUCUCCACCAUAAAGAGCUGGCUCCAUCCUCAUCUAACUCUCCACCAUAGAGAUCUGGCUCCAACCUCAUCCAACUCUACACCAUAGAGAGCUGACUCCAUCCUCAUCCAACUUUACACCAUAGAGAUCUGGCUCCAACCUCAUCCAACUCUACACCAUAGAGAGCUGGCUCCAUCCUCAUCCAACAUUUCACCAUAGAGAGCUGGCUCCAUCCUCAUCCAACUCUCCACCAUAGAGAGCUGGCUCCAUCCUCAUCCAACUCUCCACCAAAGAGAUCUGGCUCCAUACUCAUCUAACUCUCCACCAUAGAGAGCUGGCUCCAUCCUCAUCCAACAUUUCACCAUAGAGAGCUGGCUCCAUCCUCAUCCAACUCUCCACCAUAGAGAGCUGGCUCCAUCCUCAUCCAACUCUCCACCAUAGAGAUCUGGCUCCAUACUCAUCUAACUCUCCACCAUAGAUAUCUGGCUCCAUCCUCAUCCAACAUUUCACCAUAGAGAGCUGGCUCCAUCCUCAUCCAACUCUCCACCAUAGAGAUCUGGCUCCAUACUCAUCCAACCCAUAGAGAGCUGGCUCCAUCCUCAUCCAACUCUCCACCAUAGAGAUCUGGCUCCAUCCUCAUCCAACUCUACACCAUAGAACGCUGGCUCCAUCCUUAUCCAACUCUCCACCAUAGAGGACUAUCUCCUCAUCCAUUCCUCACUAUAGAGAGCUAUCUCCAUCCUCAUCCAACGUUUCACCAUAGAGAGCUAACUCGAUUCUUAUCCACUCCUCACCACAGAGAGCAGACCCCAUUAAAACCCAUUAUCUUACUAUACAGAGAACUUUCUCCAUCAUCACCCACCUACUCAUCGUACAGUGGGCACACUCUGUCCUUGUCCAUUUCUUCUCCAUAUAGAGAGCUUCCUCUAUUCUUCUCCAAAUCCUCACCACAUAGCGAUCCUUCUCACCGUAUAGUGAGCCUAUUUCCUCCUCUACCAUAUGAAUAACCUUAUCUAUCCUAUUAAGGGUCAUAUUCAUUUCAAGAGCUCACUUCAACCUCUUCUGACUCCUCAUUAAAAAAUAAACCAUCUUUCAUCCUCAUCCAAUUCUUCAUUAUAUAGUGUCCUGGCUUCAUCCUCCAGUUUAUAGAGCUACCGAAUUCAAAGCCUAAAUGAAGAGCGCCACCUACCUCCUACUUAUGUCCGUUUUGUCAUUUUCGGUCCUCCCAAUUGACACGGUACCAAGCUCUCCAGUUUGUGGGUCUCCAGCGGUGGCCAAUCGUAUAGUAGGUGGUACAGAUGCUAUGGAGGGGAUGUGGCCUUGGCAGGUCAGCCUGCGGUUUAAUGGACGUGCUAUAUGUGGGGGGUCCCUCAUCUCCAAUCAGUGGGUGAUGACUGCUGCUCACUGCCUCCAAUUUUCAUCAUCAGCCUCUCGUUACACCGUAUACCUGGGGGCCUACAGAAUAGACACCCCCUCCGCCAAUGAAGUGGCGGUCAGAGUGAUCCAGCUCAUUGUUAAUUCCCAGUUCAGUGGAAUGGGAAGCAGUGGAGACAUCGCCUUGCUGGGACUGGCAAAACCAAUCACCUUCACCCCGUUCAUUCAACCCAUCUGUAUCCCACCGGCAUCCGUGGUCUUCUCUCCCGGCACAAGUUGUUGGGUCACUGGCUGGGGAGAUACAAAGUAUGGAGUAAACCUGGGUUAUCCGAGGACCCUCCAGCAAGUCAUGGUGCCACUGAUCAGCCGGGAGUCAUGUGACAAGAUGUACCGUAUUGACUCUGCGUACACUCCCACCCAGACUGUCAUCAAGUUUGAUCAGAUCUGUGCCGGGUACCAGUCUGGACAGCAGGACGCCUGCCUGGGAGACUCAGGAGGACCCCUCGUUUGCCAAGCUAAUGGGAUGUGGUAUCAGGUUGGCAUUGUGAGUUGGGGAGAUGACUGCGCCCUUCCAAACAGGCCUGGCGUGUACACUUCAGUUUCAGCCUACGAGUCGUGGAUCAACAAUUACAAGAGUACACUUCCCAGUUCUUCCUCUGGCCUCUCGGCCUCAUUGCUUCUCCUAGUGGUCUGUCUAAUUAUUCAUGGCUUUUUGCGGCAGCUCUGCGGCUCAGCCGGGCAGUCCUCGGCCUGCGGAUCUCCAUCGGUGUCGGGGCGAAUCGUCGGUGGCACAGCGGCGGCGGAAGGGGCGUGGCCGUGGCAGGUCAGCCUGCGAUAUCUGGGCAGCCAUGUCUGCGGCGGGUCCCUGAUCAGCAGCAAGUCGGUUCUCACUGCCGCUCACUGCCUUCAGUACUCAAAGUCUGCUGCUGACUACCAAGUGUCUCUCGGGACCUACAUACUGUCGCAGUAUAACUCCAACGCGGUUGUCUCCAAGGUGCAAAGGAUCCUUAUUAAUUCCACAUACCAGUCUUCUGUUUCCGGGGGCGACAUCGCUCUGCUGAGACUCUCCAACUCCAUCACCUUCACCAACUUCAUCCAACCCAUCUGUCUGCCCUCAGCCUCCAUCACCUUCUACCCCAACAUGUCAUGCUGGGUAACCGGAUGGGGCAAUGUUGCCUCUGGAGUUGUCCUUCCAGCCCCAAAGACCCUCCAGCAAGUAAUGACCCCCUUUAUUAGCAGAGACACCUGUGACCAGUGGUACCAUGAAUAUUCAGGAAUCAGUUACAGCAAGUCCAUAAUUGCAUCUGAUCAGAUCUGUGCUGGGUAUAUCGAUGGGCAAAAAGACUCAUGCCAGGGUGACUCUGGAGGACCUCUGGUGUGUAAAGUCUCUGGGACCUGGUACCAGGCGGGAAUUGUCAGCUGGGGCAGCGGAUGUGCCGCGUCAUACCGGCCAGGCGUCUACACCUAUGUGCCUCUCUAUGAGGCUUGGAUUGCGGAGAAUGGAGUGUCAGCUCUUCUGCCCAGCACCUACUCAUUUAUCCUCACUGUGAUAAUACUGCUAAAUUAAUUCCACAAUAUGACAACUGGGACCUGGAAGAAAUUCAUUAAAGUAGUAAUAAGGCAAAGCUUUUUGGAAAUAAAGUAUGGUUGGGUUAUAACCAGGGGCGGACUGACAACUCAUGGGGCCCCCGGGCAAUAGGAGAUUAUGGGGCCCAGGGGA